ACCGAACAGGCGGAGGGGAAGAUCCCAGGCCGACAAAGCGAAAAUCGGUAAAUCAAUUUUGUUGACGCUGAUAGGGAAAAACAGUAUCGCAUCGAGUAAGAAAUCAAGACCAUGAUACUUGCCGUCGUGUUUGCCAACUCUGAGGGCAAUAUCCUCAUUGAACGUUUUCAUGGAGUUCCUGCAGAGGAGCGUCUGCAUUGGCGCUCUUUCUUGGUUAAACUGGGAUCUGAUAACCUGAAAGGUGUCAAAAAUGAAGAACUCCUUGUUGCUAGCCACAAGUCAGUUUAUAUUGUAUACACAGUGCUUGGGGAUGUCAGCAUCUAUGUUGUGGGAAAGGAUGAGUAUGACGAACUUGCCUUGUCAGAAGUGAUCUUUGUGAUAACCUCAGUUGUGAAGGACGUAUGUGGGAAGCCUCCGACUGAGCGCCUUUUCCUUGACAAGUAUGGAAGAAUCUGCUUGUGUUUGGAUGAAAUUGUUUGGAAGGGAUAUUUGGAAAACACAGAGAAAGAUAGGAUCAAAAGAUUAAUAAGGUUGAAGCCUCCAACGGAGUUCUGAAUGGGAACUUUAAAGCCAGCCGUGGUAGCUUGGAUAGUCCUUCGAGGUUCUUUUGCUCCGCAGCAUCUUGUAAUGAGUUUUUCCCUGGAAAAGGGCGUAUGUUCAUUUUAAUAUAGUUUUUUAAUUUUAAAGAUUUGUAACAGUUCAUAAGAAAAAUGGUUAUUAUAUUUCAUGUGGGCGAUGUACCAUUCCCCCCUCUCGCCCUUCAUAUGUUGGUUCGCUUAUCAAGUGCCGUCUACGGUUGAUGUUGUUGUAGUGUUUCUUUUAGAGAUAAGUAUGAUGGACAUUGAUACGUAACAGAAUUUGAACCUAAUAUAAUAAGACACGAAUUACAUUUAA